UGCGCGGCGACGACAACAAGAGCAGCAGACAGACCAUGAGCGUGCAGUGGCGAGCGUGCGGCGUGCCGCCCCCGGUCGAGCCGCCCCCGGCAGACUCGUCCGACUCGGACGUGAACGUGGACAGUUCUUCGGAGCAGGAGGACGAAGGGUGUUGCCUGCAGGGUGAGGAUGGCCAGGAUGGGAAGCUGCAGCAGGAGAAAGCAGGGGGCAAGAGCGUGAAGCCGCCGUACUCGUACAUCGCCCUGAUCACGAUGGGCAUCCUGCAGAGUCCGCACAAGCGGCUGACCCUGAGCGGCAUCUGCGACUUCAUCAUGGCGCGCUUCCCGUACUACCGCGACAAGUUCCCCGCGUGGCAGAACUCGAUCCGCCACAACCUGAGUCUCAACGACUGCUUCGUCAAGAUCCCCAGGGAGCCCGGCAACCCCGGCAAGGGCAACUACUGGACCCUCGACCCCAACGCCGAGGACAUGUUCGACAACGGCAGCUUCCUGCGCCGCCGCAAGCGCUACAAGCGCCACCCGCCCCCGAUGAGCCACCACCACCACCACCACCUCCAGCCCCCGGUCCACAACUUCUUCCUGCACCACCUGCAGCCCUUCGCCUUCCUGCCCCCGCCGCCCCCGCCGCACCUCUUCGGCCUCCGCCCGCCUCCGCCGCUGCCGCCCCUCAGGCCGGUGCCCACCCUCUACCAGCACAAGGCCGCCGCCGCCCUCAAGUCCGGCUUCACCAUCGACUCGCUCCUCACCACCACCGCCCCCGCCGCCUCCAACCCCUCGAUGCACGCAUCCGCCUUCGCGCCCCUCACCAGUCUCGGUCUCAACCUGAGAAGGACGGACACCACUUCUUCCUUUCAACUUUGAAAGGUUUCCUUUAAUUCAUCCUUUGGUAUGUACGCUGAAGAUAAUUAAGUUCUAAAAUUGAAACUGUUCAAAAGUGAGGAAGAUAAGACUUUGAACUCAAAAUAAGAAGUGUUGUGCGAAGAAAUUAAUAAUUUGCUGUGAUAUCGCAAAAUGAACUCUGUUAGAUUUUAAAUGAAAAAAUAUAUUGUAAUAAAUUACGCUUUAAAAUGAGGAAAUGCGUGUUUUCCACUUUUGCAAUUAAAACCAUGACAAAGAUUAGAGAGAUGCAUAAAAGUUGCAGAUUUCCUAUUAUUCAACCAAAUUGGCUUGAAUCAUAAAUUG